UUUUUACCGCCGACGUUUUAUGUUCAUUCAAGUGCGAGCUGUGCUCCAACAAUAAAGCUAACUAGUUUUAUAGGCUUUAGUGAAUUUAUGUGUACUGAAAUAUCGGAAAAUAAAGAAAAUGUAAAAUAAAAGUAUAAUAAUAGUGAAUUACAAUUCAAAUGACCAGUGAAAUUUUAAAUAGUGUAUAAAUUGUGUGAAUUGAAGAUUUUUUGUACAAAACCGAGAGUUGCACUCAAAGCUGGGAAUUAAAGUUUUCACGUAAUAAAUAGUUAUAAAAAAAGUUUUUUAAUAAAUAUUUUACUAACCUUUGCUCGUUUUUAUAUACCUACAUUAAGUAUAUUAAAAAUAAUAACUACUUGAUUAGUUAUUUGAAGUUGAAGUGAAUGAAAUGAAAACUACUACUAGCAAAAGAACGGUUGCGGCCUUUGCAUAGGCUUGGAUUAUAAUUGCAUUACGAAAGUGAAAAUACACAAACGAACGCAUGAGCACAGCUAAAGCAAUCACGAAUUGUCUCAAGACGACUAACGACGCCAAUUUCUAACGCUCAACAGAAUUUGGAGAUCUCUGUCUUUUAAUUUAUUCACAAUUUAAUUUUUUUGUUUUCAAAAUUUUACCCCGAAAAAAUAUCGGCAAGCCUUUAAACGUACGCGCGCGCGCCACAAAUACUAAUUUUCAGUUUCAAGGAGUGUGGCAACACCUCCACUUCCAAGCAUAUUGCUUUACAGCAAACAAUAUUAACAAGAACAACAACAGUGUAAAUAUGCGACGAAUGCCAAAAUUUGACUUAGCGUUAUCAAGCAAAGCGUCGACGCUGCUGCUGGUGCUGCUGUGCGGGCUCGGCUGUCUGGGCUUUAUACGCGCGGAGCGUGAUUUCAACUUUAACGACUCGCAGGUUCCUUUACUUGAACCACGUGACGAACCAGCACACAUCCACUACGGCCAUGAUCCAUAUUCGGUGGAGCUGUCGAGCUGUCGCUCAGAAAACAGCGAAAUUGUGCUCUCUUUAGUGCUCAAAAGCCACGAUUGGACGGAUUUGAGUGAAAAUAGGAAGAACAAAGUUCUAGACAAGCUAUCCAAGUUCUUCGCCAUACCGAAGGAAUUCAUCGUUAUGGAAUCUGUCACAAAACGUGAACUCAGCGAAAUGCAGAAGGAGGCAAUACGCAGAGGUUACAACAAGUGCCAUAAUAGCAAUAAACACCCACUGGGACGAGUUAGCUUUGUGCUCGGCUGCGGUGCCAAAUCCUUCACAAUGAGUGAAUCUAUAAAGAAGCAAAUAGGUGCUCAGAUGAAAGACGGUUCUAUUGACAAUAUAACGGGCGAAAAAUUCGGCUGGUGGGUGAUUUGGCGCAAGCUCUACAAAGCGAGAGCGCAACGUAAUCGCCGCCAAGCUGAGGGUUCCGGCGCUGAUGAAGCCGAUGAUGCCGACUAUGAAUACGAGUACGAUGACGAUGAUGAGGACGUUGUGUACGUAUCCAACCCAAUUAAAAAUGAAACCGUAACGGAAGUGCCCGUAACCACCACACAUGCGCAUCGUCAUCACCACGGUGUUGGACAGGAUGACAAUGAGACAAACACUUUGUUCUCCGAACCAGAUGCGAGCCGCACGCCACCGACUACACCGCAAGGUGCCGACGCUGCGUCGCCUACUUCUUCGUUAACCUCACCAACAACUUCCACCUUUGGCACAACACCAACAACCUCCGUCAGCACUGAUGCCACGGCGCCGACGCUGCCCUCUACCGACUAUGUGGAGCCCAAGGCAGAGAAUACACCGCCAAUGAUACGCACACGCCUGCAGAAAUUCGCUGUAACCUCGGGCAAGGCCUUCUCAUACUCAGUGCCGCAGGAUGCCUUCUACGAUACGGAGGACCUCACAAAUCUGCGCUUGGAUUUGACGGAUAAAGAUGAUCGUGAAUUGAAGGCAUCGUCAUGGUUACAAUUCAAUCCCGAAACACAUGUACUGUAUGGAUUACCCCUGGAUGAUUCGGUUUCAAAAUGGCAAUACCGUUUAACGGCAACCGACUCUGGCAAUGAUUCAGUAACGGAAACUCUUGAGAUAUCUGUGCAACAGCAUCGCGGUGUGCGUACCGUUAAUCACGAGAUCAGCAUUACCGUCAAGAUCAACGAGAAGAACAUACACAACAUUGACUGGCAGCUGAAAUUAAUGCGCGAUGUUGCCUCAACACUGGGUGAUGAAAACACCAACUCGUUGGUUGUACGCGAAAUACGUCCGAUGCCACAGGAUCCAAAUACCGCUACUUUUGUAUAUUUCAAUGAGACCUUCCCCACCAAUGAGUGUCCCGAGGCAGAGCUCAAUAAGCUAGUCAAGCGUUUAGAUGCCAGCCGCUUAAGCGAUUUGGUGUAUCCAACACUGAGUGUGAAAUCCAUAACGGGUCAGCUGAUUGGCGCUUGCCAGAAAUCGCACAUUACCAAACCGAAACCAACGACACAUAUGGCGACAAACGUACCACCGCUGCCACGCAAUCAAGUGGAUCGCGUUAAUGCUACCGUCGGUCAUUUGCUCGUCUACAAAGUACCCAGCGAUACGUUCUACGAUCCCAACGAUAAUGAACAGCUGACGUUAACGUUGAAGACGAAGGAUCACAAAGAGCUGAACCCGCGUCAUUGGUUACAAUUCGACUCGAAGAAUCAGGAAUUCUAUGGCAUACCAAAGAGUGGUGAUGCCGGCUCAGAGGAAUACUUGCUCGUCGCACAAGAUGCUGGCGGCCUGAGCGCCACCGACGCUUUGGUUGUGGUGGUGAAUCAUGCGCCGAAGAAAGAAUUUAGCGUCUACUUCAAAGCCUAUCUGGCCAUAAGGCACGAGCAAUUCAAUGCAGAUCUGCAGCGUAAAUUUGUGGAACGCAUUGCUCAACUGUUCGGCGAUCAAACGACACAGUACGUGCAAAUACGUUCGGUGACAACGCAUCACGACUCGGAUAGCACAAUUGUGAAUUUCUACAAUACGAGCUUGUACAAGUCGCAUAAUCGUUGUCCCGAAGAGGAAAUCGAGGCUGUACGCAGUGUUUACCUAAUUAAGGAUCAUAUGGUGCGCGAUCAUGUGAAAAAGAUUUUAGGACCUGAAUUGAACCUAACCAAUGUGCAAGCAUUGCCGUUAGGCUUGUGCCAUCCACAAACUGAUAUCAUCCACCGCGACUAUGUGCCGACGAAACCCGAUCAGCCAACUCUGAAAUCGAGCUUCAGCGAAGAGUAUAUGUACACAAUCAUCUUGCCGGCGGUGAUUAUUGUCAGCAUGAUCUUAAUUGCUUGCCUCAUUGCGUGUUGUCUACAUCGUCGCCGUCGUAAGAGCGGCAAAAUGGAAUUAGGAGAUGAAGAAGAGCGUAGAUCGUUCCGCAAGAAGAAUAUACCUGUCAUUUUCCAAGAUGAGCUGGACGAAAAACCCGAAAUCGGCAAUAAGAGCCCAAUCAUAUUGAAGGACGAGAAGCCGCCAUUGUUGCCACCCUCCUACAAUACGUCCAACAUGAAUGGCGACAAUGAUGUAGAUGAAUAUGUGCCACCGCCCGCCGUUGUCGUGGGAGGACGCGAAGCGCGGGGGAAAUCACCAGCAACGCCAUCAUAUCGAAAACCGCCACCAUAUGUUUCGCCAUAAAAAUGUGGAUUGUGGAGAAUGUGGAGUGUGAGAGUGUGGAGAGCAAAAGUUUAUGGCAAAAAACGGGAAUCUCCCAACUACUGCUAAACUGCAACAAAAUGGAAACUUUACUACUUAAUUCACUACAUAAACAUUUAUUUUCUUUUUAAGUUAUAUUAUAUACAUACAUACAUAUAUUAAGUCUAUACAUAACAUAGGUGAUAGAGCAAAGCUACGAACGACAAUUGAGUAGUGGAAACGACGAGCAGCUAUCAUUACAAAAUGGCGCCUCAAACUGUCGGAACUUAUGAACAAAGUUGUUGUAAUUAUUUAACAAUAAAAUAUACAACAAACGUUAACUCAACACAACUACAUGUAAUUAUAUUAUUUUCUUUCUAAUUUAUUACAAAAAAAACUCGAAAAAACUCGACAACUAACGGUUUAAAUACUUUGGCAAAAAAAAAAAUAUAUAUAAAUACAAAUUAAAAUAUUAAGUAUGAUUUGAAAACAAUUAUUUUAGUGUCUAAAACGGAUAUAUUUAAUAUACUUUAGCGUUAGUUUGUGGAAAACCGCAUACAUUUACUUUAACUUUCGUAAAAAAUAACGGCAUAACGUGCUCGCGACCAAACUGGCAGAAAUUGUGCACAAAAGCGCGUUUGUAAACACCCUGUAUGUGCUGACUUUACUCUAAAACUCUAAAAACAAAAAACAAACAAACUUUUGCGUUAAGUGCUAACGGUGCUUCCGCAAACUAAAAUAUAUACAGUUAGAGUAUUUUACAGUUACGAUAUUUUAACUAACGACGUUGCGUAACAUAGUUGUAUUGUAAUCAAAAUGAAAACGUGUCACAAUCAUUAUUAAUAUGCAUGUGUGUUACUUAAGAUUUUUCACUUGUAUAACAAAGCGAAAGCGAAACAAAAAACAAACAAAACAAAACAAAACAAAUUAAUUUAAUAAAGAGCAUAAGUAAGAAAUGUCGGAUAAUCAAGCGCGUUUAUACAAAAGCCAUUUUCGUAUUUUCAUAAAUAUGUAAUGAUGAGUUGAAACGUUUUGUAUUUGUAUUUGUAAGGAGACAAGAAGAAUUGUAGACGUGUGUCUACGCCACAUAAAAAACGCUAAACAACAAUAAAAAGCUAAAUUCAA